AAAAAUUAAAUCAAAGAAUACAAACGCGUUGCUAUACUGAAUGUAUUCCAAAAAGUGUAAUCGAUUUUUCAAAGUCACAGAAUAUGUCCAACCUUUCCUAAUGAAUUGAGAUCAAUUAUCAUCAUGUGAAACGAAUUAUUUUGUGGAUUGAAUCGCAAAUGAAAAAAUGUGUGAUUUCGCAUUCAUUUGUGACAUUGUAGCUCUGCGUUUUCAGCAUUUCAGCGAAUUUUGCCAAAUAGAUGUGUUUUUCCUUUUCAAUUUCUUCCCGUGUGCAAACGACGCCAAUAUUCACGGCUUGCGGCUAAUUAUAGAAUUUGUUAAUUUUUUUCGUUGAUAUUUUUGUUUGUUAUUCUCGUACUUUGCCUCGAAUAAAAGAAAUAUUCAUAUAAAUUGCGUUAAAUGCAUUCUAAUGCCAAUGUUAUUUUCUCAAAAUAGUUUUAUUUUCGUUCGGUGAGUGUGUGUGUGUGUGUGCGUGAUAACCGGAUAAAUUCAGCUAUCGAAUAAAAUAUGAUUUUGUAUGGGCCUUUGUGAUGUGAUUUUAUAUGGACCUUUGUGAUAACUCUUAUCAAAUGCCCCAUAUUUUUCUCAUUGUGUUCAAUUAAUUAUUGAACAAAUCAAAUACGAUAAGCAACGAGAUUAUUUGGGAGAGAUUUCGCUAUCGUAGAAAAAAAACGAUUAAACUUUGAGUAUUUCCAAUCUCAUUCAGAAAUCUAUUGAACAUCGCACAGUGACGUCGUCAGAGUUGUCACAUGAAACAAACGCUGAUAAAGCAAUUUAAAGCGCGAGCACAUCUUAAAAAAGAGGCACAUAUGUAUGCAAAACCAAAUUGUUUUUGUUAUUCAAACGACAAUUCCUAAUUAAAGGCAGUUUAAUACUCAUUGGCGCUGACUCUCAUACUGGUGCGACGCUUUAAACUGGACGUCUGACAUUUCAACUCAAUAACAACUGUAUUUUCUGCACUAACUUUAAUUUUUAAUAAACACUGAACAGUGAAAUGAGAGAUUAUUCAAGCCAUCCACACUAAAACCAGCAACAUUUUUCAGUCAUUCUACAGUAUCACAUCCACAUACAAAAAAAUGGCAUCGAAAUCAACAACAGCCGCAGAACCACCCAAAACAAAACAAUUUGCAUUACUUCCAAAGAUCAUAAACGGUGGUAUAGCUGGAAUUAUUGGUGUGUCAUGCGUCUUUCCAUUGGAUUUAGUGAAAACUCGCUUACAAAACCAGCAAGUGGGUCCAAAUGGUGAAAAAAUGUACAAAUCCAUGUUGGAUUGUUUUAAGAAAACUUAUCGAGCUGAGGGCUAUUUUGGCAUGUACAAAGGGUCAGCCGUGAAUAUUUUGCUUAUCACCCCAGAAAAGGCCAUUAAACUGGCUGCCAAUGAUUUCUUUCGUCAUCAUUUGACUACUAAAGAUGGGAAAUUACCUGUCACUCGUCAAAUGGCAGCUGGUGGUUUGGCUGGUUUGUGUCAGAUUAUAAUUACAACUCCGAUGGAAUUGUUGAAGAUUCAAAUGCAGGACGCCGGACGUGUUGCGGCUCAAGCCAAAUUGGCGGGUAAAACUGUGCCAAAAACAUCUGCCACAAAAAUUGCUCUCGAACUGUUCCGAGAGAAGGGAAUUUUCGGUCUAUACAAGGGAAUUGGAGCAACAACUUUGCGUGAUGUUUCAUUUUCAAUUGUUUACUUCCCAUUGUUUGCGACAUUGAAUCAAUUUGGUCCACGUAAAAAUGAUGGCAGUGGCGAGGCUGCGUUCUUCGUAUCAUUUGCAUCCGGAUGUGCCGCUGGUUCGUUGGCUGCUUUGGCUGUGAAUCCAUUUGAUGUAAUCAAAACUCGACUACAAGCGCUCAAAAAGGCCGAGGGUGAAAUGCAAUUCAACGGCAUUUUCGAUUGCAUUGGAAAAACGCUAAAACACGAAGGACCGCAAGCAUUCUUCAAGGGCGGUCUGUGUCGAAUGAUUGUCAUUGCGCCAUUGUUUGGUAUCGCACAAAUGGUGUACUUCUUGGGUGUAGCCGAAGCAUUGCUAGGAACCAAAAAUAAAUAAACACUGCCAACCAACUAUGGUACAACGCGACUCACAUAGUGCACAUAUAUAGUUAAAACAAAACUGCUUGAAUGUCCAUAACACAUAAUUCAGUCAUAAUAGAACUAGAUUAAGGCAUCUAAGGCCCCUACGUGUACUCCGAUUUUAUGCACGCUGAUGAACUCAAUGAAAUCCUGGUGAAGUAUUACCGCCCGUCACCAAAACCAAAAUCAAUAUACGAUAAGCCACAAUUAGAAAUGCUUGACAAUAAUUACCUGUUGUACGUGUGUCGUUGGAUAUAUUGUCUGAUAACUGAAGAGUUUAUUUAUGUAUUUUACUGUGUUAAAAAUGGAAAUGGAAUGAAGACAGAUCGAGAGAUCCGUUCUUUUGUUAUGAAGUGUUUGAUUUUACAGGAAAUAUUAUCUCAAUUAACCGGAAUAUAUAAAUAUCAGAUUGUAAGCCAAGCAAAAUGGUCUAAUUUAUGAAGUUUUAAAUGUUUUAAUGGAGAAAAAAAAAUUGUUCAGUUGAUAUACCAUAUUCAAUCGGUAAUAAUGUGAUGUGAUCACGUAUCAUUUAUUUAUUUGGAAUGGAAUAUUCUGCGAACGAUAUAUCAUGAGAUUGUAUUUAGUCAGCAAAAAUGAAUAAAACAAAAGAAAUAUGAAGCUAAAAAA